UCUCAGAAUCUUAAAAUAUCAGAAUCUCAGAAUCUCAGAAUCUCAGAAUCUCAGAAUCUCAGAAUCUCAGAAUCUCAGAAUCUCAGAAUCUCAGAAUCUCAGAAUCUUAGAAUAUCAGAAUCUCAGAAUCUCAGAAUCUCAAAAUCUCAGAAUCUCAGAAUCUCAGAAUCUCAGAAUCUCAGAAUCUCAGAAUCUCAGAAUCUUAGAAUUUUAGAAUCUCAGAAUCUCAGGAUCUCAAAAUCUCAGAAUCUCAGAAUCUUAGAAUCUCAGAAUCUCAGAAUCUCAAAAUCUCAGAAUCUUAGAAUUUUAGAAUCUCAGAAUCUCAGGAUCUCAAAAUCUCAGAAUCUCAGCAAUCUCAGAAUCUUAGAAUCUCAGAAUCUUAGAAUCUCAGAAUUUCAGAAUGCUCAGAAUCUUAAAAUAUCAGAAUCUCAGAAUCUCAAAAUCUCAGAAUCUCAGAAUCUCAGAAUCUCAGAAUCUCAGAAUCUUAGAAUCUUAGAAUCUCAGAAUCUCAGAAUCUCAAAAUCUCAGAAUCUCAGAAUCUCAGAAUCUUAG